AUGACGAAAUUAUUGCAACGUCUGGAGGUGACUCUUCGUAGUUUUUACGUGUUCAACUCCAGCUUUGGCGAGAAAGAAGGCGAGGAACACAAGAAAGUCUUGUACUAUCAUCCGAACGACAUCGAACUGAACACGAAAAUAAAAGAUGUGGGCCUCAGCGAAGCUAUCAUCAGAUUUACUGGCACCUUCACCACCGAGGACGACUGCAAGGCGCUGCAUACGCAAAAGACCACGCAGCUUUUCCACCAGCCAGAGCUGGGCUUCUGGUUGGUCCUGGUGCUGAACGUGCCCAAGGAAAUACGGCUCAAGGAGGGCGUGGAGGUGGCCGAUUACCGGGGCGGCGAGAUUUCCGACCGCAUAUAUAGGGCCGUCCUCCGCCAAUGCUACCAAAUGUAUCGUUUCCAGCAUGGAGCACUGGCAUCGCUUGGAGCUGGGUUGGAGAAUGCCGAUCAGCGCCGCGAACUGCUCUCCGAAAAACUGCUGCAGUUUUUCGAUACAUAUUUGAUCAGCCUGAAGGAUCUGGCUCACUGUGAUAUCAUUGACAUGCUCCAUUCCAUCCAGUACCUGCCCCUGGACAGGGCGCUAUUCCUGCGAGCGCACAACUUUGGCAUGCUGUGCGCCACCUUUCCGGUGAUCAAGGAGAGCAUUAUGCUCUACAACGAGCAGAUCGUCUGCGGUGGCAAGAUGGGCGCGAGCGAUCUCUACAGUCUUCAUGCGUACAUUGUCCAAAAUGUCCUGCCAAUGGACUCGAACGACUCAUCUGCCAACACUCCUGUGAUAAAGCGCAGCAUCAGCGAGUGCCAAGCCAAAGGCUUCGUGCGCUGCCAUCCCAGCGAUGCCAGUGAAGGCCAGGACGAAGUACUACCGCUUACGGUCUACCUAUCAGUUGAAAAUCAAGUUACGCCACAUUAUUUGCUCAUCUACCGCGCUCUUCAAAUAACCCUUUGUCUUUUUCUCGAUGCGAAACAACCGGCUCCAAAGCAGGAACUGUACGACGAACUCCAUGCCUACAUUGCGCCCCAGCUGACGUGCCUGGCUCGUGAUAUUGCCAGCGAAGUGUCAAAGGAAGCCCUGGCCCAUCCUGGACAGGACAGCAGCAGUGGUGGCGGCCCAGCGUCCAACGAUACCACACCCAAAUAUCUGUUCAUCAACGAACAGAGUCUGCAGCACCACACGAAUAUCCACAGGAAUGGUAUUCCACGUAAUGUUAUGAGCGUGAUUGCGGAUCUCGCCAAUCCCGGCGAGCGUUCGAAUGUGGCGGCUGCCGCGGCCACCGAAGAGCUACAGGUGAAGACCACCAAUGACUAUUGGAUUGUGAAGCGGUGCUGCAACUGGCGGCAGUACUAUGUGAUUCUCUGCAACAGCAAGGCGACCCUUUUGGACGUGACCCAAGAGGCGAAGCGUAUAUUUGAACAGGAGCUCACAGAUGAUGUAUUCUUUGACAAAUAAAUAGCAGUAUGAGGUAAA